UUUCUCGAACUCAUGUCGGCCGGAACCGCCUGAGCCCGAGUCUGUCCGGAAAGUGCCGAAGGUCCGCCGGGGUCUCGCGCAGUCCCCGCCGGAAGGCGCCGCGCGCUUGCGCAGAGCAGGGUAACUGCCGGUUGGUGGCUGGUGCUCCGCAGUGGGGAGCGCGACGGGUAGGGACUGAGAGCCGGUGCCGGCAGCCGAGCCCGCUGCAGCGACAGGCCCAGUCAUGUCUGUGGUCGGCAUCGACUUGGGCUUCCUCAACUGCUACGUCGCGGUGGCGCGGAGCGGCGGUAUCGAGACCAUCGCCAAUGAGUACAGCGACCGCUGCACCCCAGCUUGUAUAUCUCUAGGAUCCAAAACCCGGGCCAUAGGGAAUGCAGCAAAAAGCCAGAUUGUCACAAAUGUAAAGAAUACAUUACAUGGCUUCAAAAAAAUGCAUGGAAGAGCAUUUGAUGAUCCUUAUAUACAAGGUGAAAGGGUCAAACUUCCCUUUGAGCUUCAAAAGAUGCCAAAUGGGAGUGUAGGACUGAAGGUGCGAUACCUAGAUGAAGAGAGACCAUUUGCAAUUGAACAGGUUACAGGAAUGCUAUUGGCCAAGCUUAAAGAGACUUCAGAAAGCGCACUAAAAAAACCAGUGGCAGACUGUGUGAUUUCUGUCCCUAGUUUCUUCACUGAUGCUGAGAGAAGGUCUGUAAUGGCAGCUGCGCAGGUUGCAGGUUUAAACUGUCUGAGGCUGAUGAAUGAAACUACAGCAGUUGCACUAGCUUAUGGAAUUUAUAAGCAAGAUCUACCAGCCUUGGAGGAGAAACCAAGAAAUAUAGUCUUUGUAGAUAUGGGGCAUUCUGCAUACCAAGUUUCAGUUUGUGCUUUUAACAAAGGAAAACUGAAAAUCUUGGCUACCGCUUUUGACCCUUUUUUGGGUGGCAGAAACUUUGACGAGGCUUUAGUAGAUUACUUCUGUGGGGAAUUCAGGACAAAAUAUAAACAGAAUGUGAAAGAGAAUGCUCGGGCACUGCUGCGCUUGUAUCAGGAAAGUGAAAAGCUGAAGAAACUUAUGAGUGCAAAUUCUUCUGAUCUCCCACUCAACAUUGAGUGCUUUGUGGAUGAUCUAGACGUCUCCAGUAAGAUGAACAGAGCUCAAUUUGAACAGUUAUGUGCUCCUCUCCUGGCUAAAGUGGAACCUCCUCUAAGAACAAUAAUGGAUCAAGCUAAACUACAGCGUGAAGACAUAAGCAGUAUAGAAAUUGUAGGCGGAGCCACUAGAAUCCCAGCAGUGAAGGAACUAAUAUCUAGGUUCUUCUGUAAAGAUAUAAGCACUACGCUGAAUGCAGAUGAAGCUGUCGCAAGAGGUUGCGCAUUACAGUGUGCAAUUCUCUCCCCAGCAUUUAAGGUGCGUGAAUUUUCUGUCACCGAUGUUGUUCCUUAUUCAAUAAAUCUAAGAUGGAAGUCCUCUUAUGAGGAAGGAACUGGGGAAUGUGAAGUUUUCAGUAAGAACCAUGCCGCUCCAUUUUCAAAAGUUAUUACUUUCCACAAGAAGGAACCUUUUGAUCUGGAAGCAUAUUAUACCCAUCCAAAUGAAAUACCUUAUCCUGAACCCAGAAUAGGGCUUUUCGCUAUACAGAAUGUUGGUCCUCAGUAUGACGGUGACAAUUCCAAAGUGAAGGUUAAAGUACGUGUCAAUGUACAUGGAAUCUUCAGUGUGGCUAAUGCAUCAGUAAUAGAGAAGCAAAAUGUGGAAGGAGAUCACAGUGAUGUACCUAUGGACACAGAAUCAUUAUGUAAGAAUCAAGGCAAAGAUGAUGAGCUGGAUAAAAUGCAGGUUGACCAAGAGGAAGGCAAUCACAAAAGCCAGGCAGAACAGCCAAGCCAAACAGAUGAGGAAAGUGAACAACAUGGAGGAACUGAAACAAAGACCACUUCAGGAGACAAGCCAGAUCAUCUAGCCCAGCCUGUUAAAGCUAAAGCGAAGAUCAAAAGUAUUGAACUACCUAUCCAGGCUAGUCUAUAUAAACAGUUGGGGCAGGACCUUAUCAAUAGCUACAUAGAAAAUGAGGGGAAGAUGAUGAUGCAAGACAAGCUAGAGAAAGAAAGAAAUGAUGCUAAGAAUGCUGUUGAAGAGUAUGUGUAUGAUUUCAGAAACAAGCUGUGUGGUAUCUUUGAAAAAUUCGUCACUGAGGAAGAGUCCGGUAAACUAACCUUAAUGUUGGAAGAUACAGAAAACUGGCUUUAUGAAGAUGGGGAGGACCAACCAAAACAAGUAUAUAUGGAUAAACUUCAGGAAUUAAUAAAAUUUGGUCAGCCUAUUCAGGAAAGGUUCAUGGAACAUGAAGAGAGACCAAAAGCUUUAAAUGAGCUGGGAAAGAAGGUCCAGCUUCUAAUGAAAGCAGUAGAAGCAUUCAAAAAUAAGGAUGAAAAAUAUGAUCAUCUAGAUCCUGCUGAGAUGGAGAAAGUUGAAAAGUAUAUCAGUGAAGCCAUGAAUUGGAUGAACAACAAAAUGAAUGCCCAGAAUAAACUAACUCUGAUUCAGGAUCCAGUUGUGAAGGUGGCAGAAAUACUAGCAAAAUCUAAGGAAUUGGAUAGUUUCUGUAACCCUGUUAUUUACAAGCCUAAGCCAAGGAUGGAGCCCCCAAGUGAAGCUCAGACAAAAGCCAAUGGUGAACACAACGGACCAGUGAACGGACAGAGUGGUGUUGAAGCAAAAUCUGAUCCAGCGAAGGACAAGUCUCAGCAGACCAAACCAUCUGGAGAAAUGGAAGUGGACUAAAUUUUACGUAUUUCUUUCACUUAAUUAAAAUAGUGCAAGUAACUACAGGGUCCAUUCUUCUUUUAUGUCGGACACCACUACAGGUGUUCAGUUAUUCUUAGCUAACUUUGUUCUUUGCAGUAGUUUUGAACGUGUUUUAUAUUGAGUGCCCUCCAAUGUUUAUUUCCAUUGCUGCUGCUUAUGUGGAUCUUUAGCCGAAUAUAGAUUGUAAAAGUCAGUUUAAGCUUUCCCAAUGUAUUUUAUAUCAAACAUACAGAAUUGAUAUACAAAUAGCAACAAUCUACCUUAUUUAAAGCUUUUAUUGUGGAUAAACUUCAGUUCCUUAUUCAGAAAAGGACACAGUAUUGCACUACUGAUGCUGAAGUGUAGAUUUAAUUGCAUCUUUAUUUUGGAAAAAUAUUGGAAUUGAAGUGGUGUAAAUAUUGCCACUUGAAGCACUGACCUUUUUUCUAGUUAUUGUACUGUUAUUUAAAUAUUAAAAUAGAGGUUAGCUAGCAUACUAGUCCAUCUUGUUGAAGAGAACUGUACGGUCUUUAUAUUUUUUCAUAUAAAACAUACAAGCUUAGAAAAGAGAAUUUUCUUAAUUUGAGAAUUAAGGACAAUUAUAAAAUAAUACUGGUAAA